CCAUCAGUCUGAGAUCUGGGCUUAAAGGGGGAGCGGAUCUGAAGGGCCCGGUCUGGCUGUGAGAGAGACAGUGUUACUUCUCACACAUGGCGCUCUAGUAUAAACACACUUUUUGUGGAUUGUGGAAGGGACCGAAUUUUUUUUUUAAUCCAAAAUCGCCUGUUUUCUGUACAGCCGCGGGUGCUAAUCAUGGAGAUGCAUAGGUGGACCACCAGGUGGAAAACGAAAAGGUGUCUAUGGGAUUCAACGCUAAUCGCUGUGGUCUCGUUAAUUUUAACUCUACAAGCUGCCAGUGUCAGAGCAGCUGAACCAGUAGACGUACUGAAGGCUCUCGACUUCCAGAGCUCUCCUGAAGGAGUACGGAAAACAACAGGCUUCUGCACGGCCCGGAGAGGAUCCAAACCCGACGUCGCUUACAGAGUGGGAAAAAAGGCUCAGAUCAGUGCUCCAACCACACAGCUCUUCCCAGGAGGAGUUUUCCCCGAAGAUUUCUCCAUUCUGUUUACCAUCAAGCCCAAGGCUGGCCUCCAGUCCUUCUUGCUGUCCGUGUACAACCAGCAAGGCAUCCAGCAGCUCGGCGUGGAGGUGGGCCGUGCCCCCGUCUUCCUGUACGAGGACCAGCAUGGCAAGCCUGCCCCGGAGGAGUACCCCCUGUUCCGCUCCAUCAACCUGGCUGACGGCAAAUGGCAUCGUGUAGCUAUCAGCGUGGAGAAGAAGAGUGUCACCAUUAUUGUGGACUGUAAGAAGAAGUUGACCAGGCCCCUCGGCAGAAGCGACCAGGCCGUCAUUAACACAGAAGGCAUUACUGUCUUUGGCACCAGAAUCCUGGAUGACGAAGUCUUUGAGGGUGACAUCCAGCAGCUGCUGAUAGUGGCAGACCCCAGAGCAGCCCAUGACUACUGUGAACACUACAGCCCCGACUGUGAAACUCCCAACCACCACGACACCCCCCAGGCUCAGCAAGCUGAGGACGAGUACACUAACUAUGAAUAUGAAGACUUCUAUGACUAUAAUAAAGGAGCGGCAACCACUGACCCUCCCCCAACAGAAGGAGCCCAGCCUGAGGCAAACGUGGGUGGAGACUACUACACGGGUGAGUAUGACUACACCACAGUGGACGGGAGUCAGCCUGAAACCCCCACCGAGACCACCGGACAAGGCCAGAACUAUGAUGGGGAAAUAGUGGACGAUUACAUCACCGGUGUGGAGCAGGUCGGCGUGGACCCCACCGCCGCUGUGGAAACCGGUGCUCCAGUGGAAACCGGUGCCCCAGUGGACCCCAAUGAGAAGGUGGACCCCGCCACUGACGCGUACGAGUUUAAGGAAUACGACCUGAAGGAAUAUGACAACAAAGAAAAUGUAGAGAAGGCCUACGAGUACGGUGACUAUGGCGAUUAUGGCACUGGUACCAAGACUACAUCUGCGACAAAUGAAGACGAGUUCGGUCCUGGUGUUCCAGCGGAGACGGACAUCAGAGAGAGCAACGUGGAUGGAAGUCAGAGCUACCUGGGAGAAAAGGGAGAGAAGGGUGAACCUGCCGUCAUUGAGCCAGGGAUGCUUAUAGAAGGACCCCAAGGAGUCUCCGGCCAAGCAGGUAUUCCUGGUACCCCGGGAUUGCAGGGUCCUCCAGGCUCCAAUGGCUUCCCUGGAUUCCCCGGCGCCAAUGGCGAGAAGGGAGCGAGGGGAAUUGCUGGCAAAGCAGGCCCGAGAGGGCAACGUGGCCCAACGGGUCCACGUGGAGGCCGUGGUGCUCGAGGACCGACUGGGAAGCCAGGUGCAAAGGGCACUUCAGGCAAUGAUGGAGCAGGGGGUCCGCCAGGAGAGAGGGGACCUCAAGGACCGCAGGGACCCGUCGGUUUCCCCGGACCUAAAGGACCCAAUGGCCCGGCAGGAAAAGACGGACUGCCCGGUCAUCCCGGACAAAGAGGAGAGACGGGCUUCCAAGGAAAGACGGGACCUCCGGGACCUGGAGGAGUGGUUGGACCACAGGGCCCGACUGGAGAGACGGGACCCAGCGGAGAGCGAGGACACCCAGGCUCUCCAGGUCCACCUGGUGAGCAAGGUCUACCUGGAGCUGCUGGAAAAGAGGGUGGAAAGGGUGAUCCAGGUCCUCAGGGUCCCGGUGGCAAGGCAGGACCUGCCGGCCUGAGGGGCUUCCAGGGGGCAAGAGGUCUUCCAGGGGCCAUGGGUCCAGCUGGCUUGAAGGGAGGAGAAGGACCUCAGGGUCCCCCCGGCCCCCUCGGUUCUCCCGGAGAGAGAGGUGCUGCCGGCCCUGGAGGUCCUAUCGGUCUGACAGGACGCAAUGGCCCCCAAGGACCACCCGGCCCUGCUGGAGAAAAAGGAGGCCCUGGAGAGAAAGGUCCCUUGGGUCCUGCCGGCCGUGAUGGCAUUCAAGGUCCUGUUGGCCUUCCUGGUCCCGCUGGUCCUCAGGGUCCCCCUGGAGAGGACGGUGACAAGGGAGAAGUCGGCGGGCCUGGACAGAAGGGAAGCAAAGGAGACUCGGGUGAACUUGGUCCACCAGGAUCCAGCGGUCUUCAGGGUGUGCUCGGAGCUCCGGGUCCAGCUGGCACUGAUGGUGAGGCUGGACCGAGAGGACAGCAGGGCAUGUUUGGCCAGAAAGGAGACGAAGGACACAGAGGAUUCCCCGGUCUGCCGGGACCCAUCGGACUUCAGGGUUUGCCCGGCCCUCCUGGUGACAAAGGAGAGAAUGGAGACGUCGGAGCGAUGGGUCCACAUGGUCCUCCCGGCCCCAGAGGUCCUCAGGGUUCCAGCGGAGCCAAUGGAGCUCAAGGUCCUUCCGGUGGUAUUGGUUCAAUGGGAGGUGUUGGUGAGAAGGGAGAAAACGGUGAAGCUGGCAACCCAGGAUCAGCUGGAGAGCCCGGUAUCGGAGGCCCCAGAGGAGAGACCGGUGAGAAGGGAGAAGGCGGCCCACCCGGAGCUGCUGGACCCGCCGGUGCCCGCGGACCCCCUGGAGAUGACGGUCCUAAGGGCAACCCCGGUCCUGUCGGCUUCCCAGGAGACCCUGGUCCCCCCGGAGAGCCUGGUGCUGCUGGUCUUGACGGUUUAUCAGGUGACAAGGGAGACGAUGGAGAUGCCGGACAACCGGGCCCUGCAGGUCCAUCUGGUGAGGCUGGAGUACCAGGACCACCGGGUAAAAGGGGACCUGUUGGACCGGCAGGUCAGGAGGGCAGACAAGGAGAAAAGGGAUCCAAGGGAGAAGCUGGAGCCGAGGGGCCUGUGGGGAAAACUGGACCUGUGGGACCUCAGGGACCUGCUGGAAAGGCUGGUCCUGAGGGCCUGCGGGGAAUUCCUGGUCCUGUUGGUGAGCAAGGUCUGCCCGGUGCUUCAGGUCAAGACGGCCCUCCUGGACCUUUAGGACCCCCUGGACUUGCCGGUAUGAAAGGCGACUCUGGAUCGAAGGGAGAAAAGGGUCAUCCUGGUCUUAUCGGUCUGAUCGGACCCCCUGGUGAGUCUGGAGAGAAGGGAGACAGAGGACUGCCUGGAUCUCAGGGUACUGGCGGAGGAAAGGGUGACUCUGGAAACGGUGGUUCCGCUGGUCCUCUCGGCCCUCCUGGUCCCCCCGGUAUUUCUGGCCCUCAAGGACAGAAGGGUUCCAAGGGAACAAGUGGUACAUCAGGUCAGAAGGGAGACACAGGAACGAUCGGACCACCUGGAGCACCUGGUCCACCCGGCGACUUCAUCCAGCCGCUGCCCAUCCAGCAAGGGUCCAGAAAGACGAGGCGACAGGCGGACGUGCAGGGAGACGAGGCGUUGGCAGACUACGGCGUCGACGGCGUCGGUAUGGAGGGGAUGGAGGAUGUCUUCGGAUCCCUCAACAACCUCAAACAGGACAUUGAGCGCAUGAAGUUCCCCAUGGGCACUCAAGACAAUCCUGCCAGGACCUGCAACGACCUGCACCUCAGCCAGCCUGACUACCCAGAUGGUGAAUACUGGAUUGAUCCAAACCAGGGCUGCAUAGGAGACUCCAUCAAAGUGUUCUGUAACUUCACAGCAGGCGGAGAAACGUGCAUCUACCCAGAUAAGAAAUCCACAGGCGUCAGGAUAUCCAACUGGCCCAAGGAGUCUCCAGGUUCAUGGUUCAGUGAAUUCAAACGUGGAAAAAUUUUGAACUACGUUGACAUGGCGGAGAACACCAUCAACACAGUGCAGAUGACCUUCCUGAAGCUGCUGAGCUCCUCGGCACGGCAGAACUUCACCUACAUUUGCCAUCAGUCUGUGGCCUGGUACGACGCCAAGGCUGACAGCUACGACAAGGCGCUGCGCUUCCUGGGCUCCAACGACGAGGAGUUGUCUUACGACAAUAAUCCCUUCAUCAAGCCCCUGAUGGACGGCUGCUCGCUGAAGCAGGGCUAUUCAAAGUCGGUGAUGGAGAUCAACACUCCCCGCAUCGACCAGUUGCCCAUCAUUGACGUCAUGCUGAAUGACUUUGGGGAAUCCAACCAGAGAUUUGGCUUUGAGGUCGGCCCCGUCUGUUUCCUCGGCUAGACACACCCCUACUCCCCGCUGAAGGACAGGGUCAGAGGGUACAUAUUAACACCCACAUGCUGAGAUCCGACAACCUUUACCUUCUCUCCCCGCGAAGUAAAAAAAAAAAAACCUGUGUUUUCUUUCGUUGCCGAGAAGAUCUGCUCAAGCCCGGAGAAGAAGAGUGUCCCUAGGCCCUGUCAUGAAAGCGCUGACCUGGGGAAACUACUCCUCGCCCUUGUAGGGCCAGAAUCACAUGACUUUAACUUACAUGUAGGAAUGGGAGUGACAUCAGGAAAAGGACAUUUGAUGCCGUGGCGGACAGUGGCGCACUUUCAGCAACAGAGAGAGGAUCCACUCACCCCAAGCCCCUUCCUCCCUCGUCCUCUCCCUCCCACCACGCCUCCCUCUCUGGAUGCUCCAGGUGCUGCUCAGAAUACAACCACAGUGGUGCUUUUGUGCAGAAUCACAAAACACUCAAGGUGCUAAAAAAGAGUGCUUUUUGAUAAAACUGUAAUUAUUAUUAUUAUUGUGUACAAUAUUGUUCCUUUCCGAAUCCACUUUAAAAACUUGCAUGUGCCCCAGCUCUUAAGUAUUUGGUAAACUAUAUAGAAAUAAAUCCAAUGAGUAUAUUUGAUGUGUGUUGAAGACAAAUUUGCCUUUUUGAAAACAUUCCAAUUUGUAAGUACAAAAUAAUCCUUUUGUAAAUAAUAUAACUUUCAAUAUUUGAUUUUUAUGAGAGCUAACAACUGGAACAUAACACCUAACUCUAAAAGCAUUUUGUCUUUGUUCAUGACGUACCAGUUGGUAUGCCCAUCAGGAUAUCAAGCCAUAAUAAAAUGACAUAGUAAUAUAAAUAUUGUAAGAAAAGGGCUUAUUCUUCCAAACUUUAUUCCCCCAGAUGUUAUAUUGUACCUCAGUUUCUUUUACAAAAUGUGGGCAUAUUAAGGCUGGUCUUCAACCGUGUCGUGAUAACACAAGUCUGAACGCUAUUUGGUGGUUAAGUUUAAAUGUAUCCACAAAAAUUGACCCACAAAAAGCCCUGUUGAUUUCCUUUAUUUGUAACAAUGAACAAAAUGUUUUCAUGUGCCUUGAAUUGUUCAUUCAAAAAUAUUAAAACUGGAUUCUGAAAAAUG